AGGUAGAUAGCGCCGGUGCGGCCGUCCGCCAUUUUGUUUCCAUUCUCUAAAGCCAAAGAUUACGUCAAGCAAGCAAGACACUCAUGGAUUGAUUUCAUUUUUCAUUCGCGUUUAGUAAUUUGAGUAAAUUACCUUCUUGCUGUCGUGUUAGUUAAAAUAUGGACAAAUUAGUUGUGCGUGAUGUGAUAGCUUUUUUAAUGUGCGAUAAUCAACUGCAGCGCUGUGUUAUCUUCGAUAACUAAUGUGCAGUUGAAGAUAGUGCUUGGUAUGGUGAGAGCAGGGACUGCGGUCGCCAGCCAACAUGUCAAAAGAAAUAGCGGAGGAGUACGCGUCGAGUUUGGCGGACCUGACCGUCAACAGCAAGCCCCUGAUCAACAUGCUUACAAUUCUCGCUGAAGAGAACAUCGAGCAUGCUGGGGUUAUCGUUGAGACCGUGGAGAAGCAUUUGGAGAAGGUACAGCCAGAGAUCAAGCUGCCCGUUCUGUAUUUAGUUGAUUCCAUUAUCAAGAACGUCGGCCGAGCGUACACACAGAAAUUCUCUCAAAGCAUUGUCAACAUGUUUACACGGACAUUUAAACAGGUGGACGAAAAAGUGAGGUCACAGAUGUUCAAACUCCGCGAAACAUGGAACGAUGUGUUCCCCGCCACAAAGUUGUACCAGUUGGAUGUGAAAGUGAACUUGAUCGACCCAGCAUGGCCGAUCCAGGCGCAGCCGCAGCAGCUAAACAUCCAUGUAAAUCCAAAUUUUCUGAAAAAGCCCGUCGCUACAACCAGCGCCGCUCCGACAGAAGAUGAGGAGAAGAUGCGCACGAUAGUCGCGAAGAAGGAACAGGAGCUGCUCAUGCUCCAGCGGAAGAAGAUAGAGAUGGAACUGGAGCAGGCUAGGAGGCAGCUGGAGAUCACGGAGAAGACCACUAAAGUGGGCGCAGAAGCCCCGCCGGUGGCGCCGUCUAUCCCUCGCGCCCUCGUCAACCCGGUGGUGGCGCCCGUGAUGCCCGGCGCGGAGGCCGCUCCUGUGCCCGUCAAGCAGAGACUGGGGCCGCCGGUCAACAAACAAUCUCGCAUCGCACCCGUCAGCGGAGCCCUGGCGGCCGCGCGCCGCGACCCGCGCCUGCAGCGCAGCCGCGACCCGCGCGCGCCGCCCGCGCCCCCCGCCGCCCCGCCGCCGCUACCACAACCGCAACCCAUCGCGCCCAACGUCUUCGACAUCAAACCGCUUGAACGCGUCCACAAACGCAAGAACGUCAUAACUAUCGACGUCCAACCAGAAAUGCAACCCGUCAUCCCGAUCCGGCCGCGAGACCCGAGACGCAGGGAUCCGCGCCUCGAGAAACGCGACAGGACCAAACCGCGCAAGGACGAGCGCAAGCGCGAGGAAACUAGACGCGUCGAAAUAGAGAACAAGGAGGUGACGAGACCCGACCCCGGCCCCGAAUUCAUUAUCAAAAUACCCGAUGUUAAAAAAAUUAGCAAACUCCCGCCGAUACCCAAAAUUAGUAAAACCGACGACUCCAACAAAGAAUCGCCUAAAAAAAGAAAAGAUGAGCGCGAAAAGAAAGACGUGCGUGUUGAGAAAAAACCUCGGCGGGAGGGCAGCAGUAGUGGGAAGGAUUCGUCUAACAGUUCCUCGCCCGAGAAGCGUCCUAAGAAUAAGGAUAAGAAGAGAAAAGAGAAAGUGAGACAAGAAGACGAGAAACCCGGUGAGGGUGAAGUGGUCGCGUUCAAAGAACUGAAGAACUACCACAAGGAACACUACAUGAGGAGGAACAAGGAGAAGUCUGAGAGCCCAGAGAAAGUCACGGAUACGGAGGACGUACCCAAAACUGAGUCAUCAAAUGUGACAGAAGUGGCUGAGAAGAAAGACGUUGAUCUUAGGAUCUUACCUUCAGUGCAGGUGAAACCUGCGACUGUUAGUCAUAAGAGGCCGUCAACUGAACUGCUAGAAGGGAAAGCGAAGAAGAAUAAACACGACAAAUUUGAUAUCCUCUUCGGAAAUGAAGACGUGGAUCUCCGCCAACUGCCCCAAGUGGAGGAAGUCACCGCCCCGCCUCCGCCCACCAUCAAAGACUCCCCAAAAACUGAGGAGAAGAUGGAUGAGGAUGAACCGGACGCGUCAUCUGCUGGAAUGUCACGUCGCGGGACCAAGGUUACCAAAGAGGAGGACGUUGACCUCAGACAAUUACCUCAAGUAGAAGAACCCACAACUUCCAAAGCUGUGGAGUCUCCCAAACAACCACAAUCUGAGAAUGAAACGGAGGAUGUGGAAACAACAGAGAUGGCGCCUAAUAAGGAUUGGCACGAGGUCAAAGAGAAGUGUGAUGACGUGAAGAAGGCCCCCUCUAAGUUGGACCUGGUGCGAGCCAAACUUGCAGAGGCGACGAAAGUCAAGGACGGAUUGGGAAGACCGCUUUUGUUCAGCAAAUCUCCAAGCGUUGAAAAGGAAAGACGCCGCACCCUUAGCUCCGAAGACAUGGACCUCAGAAUGGACAAUCCCGAGGACUUCGACGCUGAAGACAACAAGAAGACGAUAUCCAUAAUAAUGAACCAAGCCAAGGAGCAGUACACCGAUGGCCAUCUAGACAAGAACCAAUACAACGCCCUGAUGUACCAAGUCUUGCAGCUCAAUGAAAAAUUGAAACUAAAAGAGGCGAAGCAAAGAGAAUCUCUAGAACAGUCCAAAAGAAAACUAAAAGCGACCAUAGACAAUAAUAAAACUGCCAGCCCUGAGUCUUCUCCAAACGAAAGGAAUAAUUUCGGUGAUAUUGACGAGAGAAUCACACCGGUAAUAUACUUAGACACCCCUCCAGAUAGCCAACAAGAGUAUUUGAAAGACUCCGAUAUGAGAAUGUCUCGCCCCAUGGACUACGAUGGCAAUAGACAAGGGAUGGUCCCCAUGCCACCAAGGAUGCCUCCGUUCAGGCCUUUCAAUGCUGAGAGACAUCCGGUUUGGAGAGGAAACAGGCAGAGAAUGGAAGAGUUUGCACCAAGAAGGUUCAGAGGACCCAACCCAGCAUACUUCAGGGGAAACCGAGCUAGACCACCUUUUGAACCACCAAGGCCUUUACUCCCACCUCUGCCUACACCGCAGAUGGGGAUGUGUCAAUCUGAAUCGCCCUUGGUGCCCUACGAACGGAGCGCCACACCUCCGCCUCUAGGCGCCCCUGGGAUCGUUAUACCGCCAACUGAUUACAGAAUCUUAGAGUACAUUGACCAAGAUCCGGUCAAAACUAUACAGAUCGAUGGAAUACCGAGAGAGAUCAGGUUUUACGGGGAAACCGCUGUUAUAAUGAUGGAUUGGGACGAUCCAAGGGAGCUGAAAUUCUUGCCCGGGAGCCGUAGAGUCACGUUCGAUAACAAGGACUCGGUAGUUCUAUCUUUCAACGAAGGUUACAAGCAAGUGGAGAUUGACGAUCAAGUGUUCGAUAUGAGAUUCGGUGCGCCAACAAGGGAGUUGUACAUAAACGGGAGAUGGUUCGAAUGUUUCUUCGGCGGGCAGCCUCUGGGAGUAAUCAUAGACGGGAAACCCAGAUUGGUGCAUUUAGAGGGGCCGUUGCCUCAAGUGGAUAUUGGCAAGACCAAGCGACAGGACUUGGUGGCGGGCAAAAUCAACCUCAUAGUGAACGCCACACACAUGUGCCCCGUGUAUUUGGACGCCAAAGUGCAGAAGUUCCAGGUGAACAAUCAGUUUUUCACGAUCCGCUUCGUGGAUUCGCUACGGACUGUUCUAAUUAAUGAGCAACCGUUCAAAGUUGAGUUUGGAGAUUUGCCGAAGCCGGUCACUCUUGGCAAUGAGAAGUAUUUUAUCAGAUUCUCGGCUCUGCCGAAGUUCAUCAAGCCAGGUCAUGUCCGGAUCGCCAACAUGGAGGGCUCGUCGUUGUCGCUGCCGCUUCUGGAGAUGCCCGUGCUCGGCUUUGAGAAGAUCCACGACCAGAACUCUAUGGCUGUGGACCAGGACGCCUCGAAACUUCGGAAAACGCCAAGUCCCGAAGGACAAGGUCUCGACAUGCUAGCCAGCGUGAUGCCGUCCAGCAUCGCUCCAGCCUCGGCCUCCGAGUACAGCUCAGCGGAGCCCUUCUUCGCUAAACCGGACAAGAUCCCGGGACUGGAGACCGGGGACGAGAAACCGGAUCCGAUGAACUCGUUGCUCUCUAACAUGAAUGUCAACGAUCUGUUUGCCAAGCUAGUGGCCACUGGGUUGGUGCAAGUGAACCAGAACAAGGAGGAAGCCAAAGUGGAGAUCAAUCCGGAGAAGCCAAAGCCGAAGGAGGACAGGAGUGUUGUGCAUAAAGUGGACCUGUUGAGGCCGGAGACGCUUAAAGUUAAACAACCAGCAUUGGUAGCCAAACUGUACGGCGGAAUGCAAUGCAGCGGCUGCGGCGCCAGAUUCCCGCCAGAACAUACCGUCAGAUACAGCCAGCAUCUGGACUGGCACUUCAGGCAGAACAGAAGGGAGAGGGAUUCCGCUAGAAGGGCACAUUCCAGACAUUGGCACUAUGACCUUUCUGACUGGGUGCAGUAUGAGGAAGUCGAAGAUUUGGAAGAGAGGGAAAAGAGUUGGUUCGAAACGAAUUCGUCUGCGCCCGCGCCGGAGCUGCAGCCGGAGAGCACAGAGCAGGCGCCGAGCGUGGCCGCCGGCGCUCUCGCCGACGCCGCCUGCGCUCUGUGCGGGGACAAGUUCGACCAAUUCUACAACGAGGACAAGGAGGAGUGGCAUCUCAGGAACUCCGUGAGGCACAACGAGCUGAACUACCAUCCGAUGUGCUACGAGGACUAUAAGGCAUCCCAAGCGAAAGAGGAACCAGAGACUGAGGUCAUCGAAGAAAUGCCCAUAGACAAGAUAGACCCGGAAGAUGCCAUAGAGAUAAGAGACACGGAUGAUAUCAACUCCCAGUCGGAUAAUGAGUCUGUGGUCGAGGUCGUUGAACCCCCUGAAGUUAUCCCGGAGGCUGUAGAGAUCGACGAAGGCGACGAGGACGACGUGAUCUACAAGGCGGAGCCGGUGGAGCAGGUUGUCGUAGAAGACGACGCGGACACGGACGACGAGACCGCGCUCUCCAGGGCCGAGAGAGACAGGCAGGCCGCGGAAAUGUUCAUGAACAUCAAGAUUAAACAGGAGCCUAUCGAUCCUGACGACGAGCCAAUAAUCACAGCGGAGGAGGAAGUCCCCAUCACCAUCGCAGACACCACGCGUACCACAGUCACGUCAUCUAUCGACGGAAACGUACAACUCGAGGCUACUCCAAUGCCCUCCGUUCCUCCGGGAGGAGGCAUACGGAUAAACAUUUCAAAAGCACCCACAUUUGCCAAUAAUGUCCCCGAGCCAAUGUUAGAAGACGUCAGUGCAGACGAUGAGCCGCUGCCGCCGGGUGAGGAACCGCAGCUGGAGUAUAAAUUGAAGCCGAGUUUGGAGGGAAUACGCUUCAGUAGGCAGCCGCCGACUCAAAGAGGCGUCGAGAUGUCCGGACUGUGUUCCAUCAUGUGAGGAGUUCUCAGUUCAGCUGUUGGCUUUCAACAAUUUACGUAUUUCUAAGAGUUAAGGCCUAAGGUCUUAUGAAAAGACUGAAAUAUAAUUAUAUAGGAAUUGAACGUGUUUGACACACGUUUUGGAGUUCCCUGAACUUCGACUAGUAAUGAAGACAGUUGUUUUUAACAAUGUGUAACGAAAACCGUCCGAUCUGCGGACACUAUGUUGGGUUUAGAAGCUUGUUUAUGUACUAAACACAGUAGUAGAUUAAGAAUUUGAAAAAAAAAACUGUCGUAACAAAUUGAAUUAAAAAUGAACAAACACAAAACAACCAAAAAUUUCACAAAACAAUUAACUUUUUUUUGUAUGCAGUACCGCCGAGUAAAGACGGCAAUAGUGUACAAAUGAGACGUGCCAAUUCGGCAACUGACAAAAGAAGUUUUGACUUUGACACUUUCUUUUUUCAAAUCUUGGGGAAGUUAACGUAAGUUUUAUAAAAGUUAAUAACUCUAUCAAAAUUUAAUUGCAUUUUUUUUUCAAACUUUGCCACUGCCCUUUUGGGAUCGGACGUGGAGUUGUUACAUUUUGUAUUGGCAGAGAUUUUCUUUUGAAAUUAUCUCGCUUAUUCUUCAGCUCUAGAAAAACUUGUGCAAUGUCUUCAAAGUUAAUUCUAUUUUUUCAAUGUAACAUUGAAUUGUAUGCGUACAGCACAUUAUUGUAUACUAGUUGUAUAUAAUGUAGGUUAAGGCACUGUUUGUGAGUUAGGGAUAUGAAAGUGGUUUUUAAUGCGUUGAAAAUUCUUAAAUUUGCAAUGUUGUGAAUGAACCACUUUAAAGUUUGAAAUGAAGAAAUGGAAAGUUUUUAAGAACUGUUGCUAUAUUUUUAUAUACAUAGAUAGGGAAAACUUAAAAUAUAUAUUGAAAAAAGUGAUUUGGUUGUAUGGUUUAAAAGUACUUUAAUUUUAAUACAAACUAAUGCACGUAUAUCCUGCCUCGGACAUGUAUGUAUAUUCGUUAAUAAUGCUUAUCAAUGCACUUACGGUGAGGAAAAACAUCGUGAGGAAACCUGCACGGUUGCCUCACGAUGAUUGUCCUUACCGUAAGUUUGAGCGUUGCAAAGGUCAAACGGGAGUAGCUUCGUGAAUAAAACCUGACUCACACAAUCCAGAGUCAUGGUCAAGGGCGUACCCCAAGCUCCUCUCAUGAGAUGUAAUCUGUACUAGCGAAAGGAGGCAGAAUGUACGUAUAUUCACAAUUAUUGCUUAUAUUUUAAUAUUUUGUGUAAGGUAUGUGAUUUGUAAAUUUUUGGAAUUAAAUCACUAUUUAUCAAAUUAAUAAAAUUUAUGAGAAAAAAAGGUACUGUUUGAAAAGAGUAAUGAGUAUGUAGCUAAUACGUAGGUAUUACUUUAUUUUUUAUUUCUAAUUUGGCCGUUUCUUCUGUCACAUUUUAUUUUGUAUAUCUCGUGAUAAAUAAGAUUGGGUUUUUUGCUUUUCGGAAUGUUUAAAUCUAUUUCGAUUUAUUUUUUGUUCAGUAUAUAUAUUGGAAAGGUAAUUAUAAUAAAAAAAGAGUAAUUUUGUAAAGAAGAAUGUUAUGUUAUGUAUCAUCACGAAAAAACUAAAAUUAUGUCAAAAAGGAUUCAUCAUUUAAGUUCUUUAACAUCGACAUUUAACUGAACUAAUUAAAUAGUAAUUUCGUAGCAGCGGCUACUUAAAUUAAAUGGUAGUUAACUUUUUUUUAUAUGAAAUGUGAUAUUAAUAUUAAGUUCUUUGAAACAAUGAGUUAGGCUCUAUUGACGGUGUAUAAUAAAAGUGUAAUUAGGUAUUUGUAUAUCAGAUGUAAAUAAUUGUGUUUUCUGUACUAUAUUAGAAUCUCUUGUUUUAGCAUUAUGUUCAACUUAAGACUUAUUCUAUCACAACUCUUACUUGUCUUCAUUAAAAAAUGGCUUCCGAACGGUAGUCAUUUUGUUUUUGAUUUGAAUAAAAGUAACUUCACGGUGUAUGUUAUAUUUUCUUUCUUAGAAUUAAUUAAUAAUUAGUUAAUAUGUAAAUAAAUGUUUACACUGAUGA